GGAGGCCGCUGCGGGCGGUGGAGGUGGGCGGGUCGGCCGGGCUCGGGGUGUGGGUGAGGUGUCCCGGAGCUGCCGGGGUCGGAGGUGACGGGGCGGAGGUCGAUCCGGGUCUGGGAGAGUCUCAGCUCGGGCGGGCCCGGCGGCGGCUGCCCUGCGUGAACGCCCCUCGGCUGCUUCGGCCCGGUUGGCCUGCGCUGCAGCUGCUGCUGCUCCUUCGGGCUCCGCCACAGUAUAUGAGAAAGACAUGAUUUCCACUCCACUUCCACAACACAUCUAAGUUUUAUCUUCUUUUUGGAUCUGUAUCUUACGCUGCAAUGCAGCAAGCUCUGGAGCAAGCUUUGGAUCGUGCGGAGUAUAUUGUUGAAAGUGCUCGGCAGAGACCUCCUAGAAGGAAAUACCUAUCUAGUGGAAGAAAAUCUAUAUUCCAAAAACUGUAUGACUUGUAUGUUGAAGAAUGUGAAAAAGAACCUGAGGUUAAGAAAUUAAGACGAAAUGUGAACUUGUUAGAGAAGCUUGUUAUGCAAGAAACUUUGUCAUGUUUAGUGGUCAAUCUGUAUCCAGGAAAUGAAGGGUAUUCUUUGAUGCUCAGGGGGAAAAAUGGAUCAGAUUCUGAGACCAUCCGAUUGCCUUAUGAAGAAGGAGAAUUGCUUGAAUACUUAGAUGCAGAAGAAUUACCUCCUAUUUUGGUUGAUCUCCUUGAAAAAUCACAGGUUAAUAUUUUUCAUUGUGGAUGUGUGAUAGCAGAAAUACGUGACUAUAGGCAGUCCAGUAAUAUGAAGUCUCCUGGUUACCAAAGCAGGCACAUUCUCUUACGUCCAACAAUGCAGACUUUAGUUUGUGAUGUUCAUUCUAUAACAAGUGACAACCAUAAAUGGACCCAGGAAGACAAACUUUUGCUUGAGAGCCAACUGAUUCUAGCUACAGCAGAACCACUGUGUCUUGACCCAUCUGUGGCAGUAGCUUGUACUGCAAAUAGGCUGCUCUAUAACCGGCAAAAAAUGAACACUCGCCCAAUGAAACGGUGUUUGAAGAGGUAUUCCAGGUCUUCCCUGAACCGGCAGCAGGACCUGUCUCAUUGUCCUCCUCCUCCUCAGCUGAGAUUACUUGAUUUCUUACAAAAACGGAAGGAAAGGAAAGCAGGUCAGCAUUAUGACCUCAAGAUCUCUAAAGCAGGAAAUUGUGUGGACAUGUGGAAACGGAGCCCCUGUAACCUGGCUGUGCCUUCUGAAGUAGACGUGGAGAAAUAUGCUAAAGUGGAAAAAUCCAUCAAAUCUGAUGACUCUCAACCAACAGUCUGGCCGGCCCAUGAUGUAAAAGACGAUUAUGUAUUUGAAUGUGAAGGUGGUACUCAGCAUCAGAAAACAAAACUGACCAUUUUGCAGUCUCUUGGUGAUCCACUCUACUAUGGUAAAAUACAGCCAUGGAAAGCAGAUGAAGAAAGUGACAGUCAGAUGUCUCCAUCCCACUCCUCUGCAGAUGAUCAUUCAAAUUGGUUCAUCAUUGGGUCCAAGACUGACGCGGAGAGGGUAGUCAAUCAGUACCAGGAGUUGGUCCAGAAUGAAGCCAAAUGCCCAGUGAAGAUGUCACAUAGCUCUAGUGGUUCAGCCAGUCUCAAUCCAGGAGAGGAGACAGAGCAGCCUGAGACGGUGUCUGUUCAGUCUUCAGUUUUGGGGAAGGGAGUAAAACAUCGACCCCCACCCAUCAAACUUCCCUCAAGCUCAGGAAAUAGUUCCUCAGGUAACUAUUUUACAGCACAACAGGCCAGCAGCUUCCUUAAGUCUCCAACUCCUCCUCCGUCAUCUAAGCCAAGUCUCUCUCGAAAAUCAUCUGUGGAGCUCAGUCAAGUCAGCAUGCUUUCUCCUGCCGCCCUGUCACCUGCCAGCUCUUCACAGAGAUCUGGAACUCCUAAGCCAUCUACUCCUACACCAACCCCUUCAUCGGCCCCACACCCUCCUGAUGCUCAGAACUCAACUCCUAGUACCCCUUCAGCCACCCCAUCUCCCCAAGAUUCAGGCUUCACCCCUCAGCCCACUUUGUUCACUCAGUUUGCUCAGCAGCAAAGGGCUCUGAGCCAGGCAAUGCCUGUGACAACCAUUCCUCUUUCUACCAUGGUAACAUCUAUAACAACAGGAAGCACGGUUUCCCCGGUCAUGGCUGACUCUGCUGGGCUUAACUCCGUCAGUGUAGUGAGCUCUGCUGGUGGAGCCCAGGCUCUGAAGAGUGCCUCAAACUCCAUGCUGGGCUGUGACACUGGCACCAUGACUCCUGCAGGAAAAAACCUGGGCAGCGGCCUUCUUCCCUCAGGAUGUCUUCCUCAGUUUGUACAACAGCCUCAACAACAGCAGCAACAGCUCCCUCAGUUUGUACAACAGCCUUCAGCUUCAAGUCCCCAGCAGCCAGAGGAGCAGGGAUCUGAACAAGUUUUAACUGCGCAAGAACAGGCUUUAACUGCUCAGCAAGCUGCUAUUAUUAAUCUUACUGGAGUAGGAGGUUUUCCACAGUCACAGGCAGCUGUGUUGUCUCAGCUUGGCUCUGCCGAGAACAGACCUGAGCAAAGCCUUCCUCAGCAGAGACUCCAGCUCUCCUCUGCCUUGCAGCAACAGCAGCAGCAGCAGCUUCAACAGUUGCGAUUCUUGCAACAGCAGAUGGCUAUGGCAGCAGCAGCCGCACAGACAGCCCAGCUCCAUCGUCACCGGCAUGCAGGUGGCCAGUCCAAGAGUAAAGUGAAGCGAGGCAUGCCAACCACUCCAAAAUUCUGAGCAAUUUUUUUUUCCUUUUGUCUUUUGUUUUUUUACAAACACAAGACCACUGAAUGAAUUGUAUUUUUGCUUCAUUUUCCUCCUAAGAUGUCAGUAUUUUACAUUAAUAGAUGGUGCAUAGUUUAUACAAAAGCACAACUCUGUGGUUCUUACAUGGCUAAAUGUUUUCUUGUAUAUACCAUCUACAGAAAUAAUCUAAGAACUACUAGAAAUAUCUUCCAAAAGAAUGUAGUUUGGUAUUUAUUUAGUAUAAAAAGCCUGUGCACAGUGUAAUAAAUAAAGUUUUUACAUCUGU